AUGACUCCCAUCAGGAUCAAAGUUGACCCGUCACAUGACGCCAGCAAGGUCAAGGCCGAGGGACCAGGACUCAACCAUAGUGGUGUGGAGUUGGCCAAGCCGACCCACUUCACAGUAAACACCAAGGCCGCAGGUAAAGCCAAGCUGGACGCUGUGUUCUCCGGCCCGGGUAAAGGAGAGACGGUCAAGGAMUUUGAGAUCAUCAACAACCCUGAUAACACCCAUACGGUCAAGUACACCCCUGUCCAGCAGGGUGUUCUGGGAGUGGCACUCACCUACGGAGGAGAUUCUAUUCCCAAGAGUCCCUUCUCCAUCCCCGUGGCACCAAGCCUUGACCUCAGCAAGAUACAAGUGGCUGGACUGGGUGAUAAGAUGACGGUGGGUAAGGACCAGGAAGUGACUGUGAAGUCUGAAGGAGCAGGAGGUCAGGGGAAAGUCUGGGCCAAUGUUACAGGGCCUUCUGGGAAACCUGUCACCAGCAAGGUGGAGGCAGGUCUUAAACCAGAGACCAGUCAAGUGAAGUUUAUCCCUUGGGAGGCGGGGCCAUACCAGGUGGAGCUGACCUUUGACGGAGCUCCGAUCCCAGGAUCCCCCUUCAACCCCACCGCCUAUCCCCCCACCGAUGCCACCAAGGUGAAGUGUUCCGGCCCAGGUUUGGAGCGUGCCAAAGUGGGAGAGACUGGGGAGUUUGUGGUGGACUGUACCAGCGCAGGUCCAGCUGAGCUGACCAUAGAGAUCRUCAGUGACACCGGGACAGAGGCAGAGKUCCACAUCCAGGACARCGGAGACGGAACCUACACCAUCACCUACAUCCCCCUGUACCCCGGCUCCUACACCCUCACCAUCCGCUACGGGGGGCAGGAUGUACCCAACUUCCCCGCCUGCCUGACUGUGGAGCCGGCGGUCAACACCAGCGGAGUCCGCGUGUUCGGACCGGGAGUAGAGGGCAAAGGUGUGUUCUGGGCCCUAGGUGUGUUCUGGGCUCUAGGUGUGUUCAGGGCUCUAGGUGUGUUCUGGGCCCUAGGUGUGUUCUGGGCCCUAGGUGUGUUCUGGGCCCUAGUUUCCUGUGUCUACAAUGGCUGUGCUGACUCCAACUACGCUGACUCCAACUACGCUGACUCCAAGUACGCUGACUCCAACUACGCCUUCUCCAACUACACCUUCUCCAACUACGCUGACUCCAACUACGCUGACUCCAACUACGCCGGCUCCAACUACGCCGGCUCCAACUACGCCGGCUCCAACUACGCCGACUCCAACUACGCCUUCUCCAACUACGCCGACUCCAACUACGCCGGCUCCAACUACGCCGGCUCCAACUACGCCGGCUCCAACUACGCCGACUCCAACUACGCCUUCUCCAACUACACCUUCUCCAACUACGCUGACUCCAACUACGCUGACUCCAACUACGCCGCUCCAACUACGCCGGCUCCAACUACGCCGGCUCCAACUACGCCGACUCCAAACUCCAACUACGCCGACUCCAACUACGCCGACUCCAACUACGCCGGCUCCAACUACGCUGACUCCAACUACGCUGACUCCAACUACACGACUCCAACUACGCCGCUCAACUACGCCGCUCCAACUACGCCGACUCCAACUACGCCGACUCCAACUACGCCGGCUCCAACUACCCGACUCCCAACUACCGACUCCAACUACGCCGACUCCAAUACGCCGACUCCAACUACGCCGGCUCCAACUACGCCGACUCCACUACGCCGACUCCAACUACGCCGACUCCAACUACGCCGAACCGCCAACUACGCCGACUCCAACUACGCAC